UGUAGCCUAGCCCGCUGCCUGUAGAAGAGUCUGUGGCGCCGUUGCACAUCUGUGGAGCAGUGCCCUGAAACAAAACACGACCAGAUGUGAAUAAAAAUGACCCACUAAUGCUUUAUGUGCAAAACCGUCUUCAAUAACUAAGAUAUAAUGGUGUGCGCAUUGCAAUGAUGAAACGAAUAGAGAGUGAGUUCGUUUCCCGCUCCGUGUCCGCGCCGCGCUGUGUAGUCCUGCCUCAGGAAGCGCCAAGCAGCACCUCCCGUUUCCACACAGGAGCGCACCAGUUUACUGUAGCAUCAGCACUGGAGAAGCACGCCGGCUGAACGCUCAGCUGCUCACUCUGCCAGCACGGGCGUCCACAAGUACAAUUCAGCUGGAGAAGAACCCAGACGAAGAUGCUCCUCAACUCUUCCUCUGCGACUUGAUUUUUCCCGCAAUGUGUUUGUAUUUGGAUGAAGUUUCCACGUCAUUUGGAGGGACGCCGUCGGUGCGGGGAAACAUGAGGAUAACGGUCGGAUCCCGUGGAUGAUGAUGUCCCACAAUGAACGCAGAUUUUCAAAAUCCGCUGCAAGUCCCUCAGCCAAAGGUCCGCAGUCAUCUGACCAUAAAAGUACAGUCCAAGCUGAUGUCCAGGCCGUGUCCCCGUGUCCGUGGUCCAAAACCUCCUGUUGCCCCCAAGCCAAGACCCCUGUAUGAGUCUCACCCACAGGGGGAGCCCUGUCCCCAACAAAGCCUCAGUAACGGAGACCUGGCUCACUCUGAUGGGGAGAUUGAAGAUCUCCAUGAGAUGGCUGAGGAGAAUCAGGACCAAGAGGAGAAACAACAUGAGGCUAAUGACAAUGGCAUGGGAGACAAUGACAAAGGGGACACAGUAGAGGAAGAAACUGAGGAAGAAACAGAUAAAGAAGUAGACAUAUUAGAUAAUGAGGGCGACAUAGACAGCAUUGGCUCUGAGGACACACUCAAAGGAGAUGAUGGUUUUGCUGUUGACACUACUGAAGAUGAAAACACUGACAAUGACUUGAACCAGCCUGAAGGUUGCAGUCACACUGAUGAUGAGAAUACAUCAACACCUUCUGUUCUUCUGACUGAAACAGAGGAUGAAGCAGGAGACGAGGAAGAAGAGGAGCAACAGAGUUCUAGUAAAAAGACUAAAAUACCCUGUGAUUCUACAGGAAUCUCUGAGGAUCAAACAGAGUCACUCAGUCAGGGUGAAAAGGAGAAUGAUGUUGGACUUAAUGAAGCAGACAGUGACCAGGCUGAGGACUGUUUGCACUCUGACUCUCUCACAGACAAGACUGAGCUGGAAGCUGAAGGAUUUGCAUUUGGAUUCAGCGUGCUUCCAACUGUAACUGAGGAGUAUCCCUACGAUGUGAUUGGCCCAACUGAUGAAUCUAGUGAUACAUGUGAGUCAUGUGACCCAGCUGAAACAGAGGUAUGGCAACCGGAACGGGCCACCAAGGACCUCUCCGGCUGUUUUCGAUUCACAUCCAGCACUGAGGAUGUGUUUGGGCCUUAUUCAGUCAUAGAAGCUGUUCCGGGAGAUAUGAGCGGCACCGCUGACCCCGAGUGGAGUCAGGAUGACACUGAUGACAAACCUUCCAAUGAACUGCAAACACCAGGUGCUUCUAAUCAGGAACCUUACUAUGUGUCAUCAGAUGAUGUGGACAAGCUCGAGGAUAAGCAAGCCCUCUCGGACCAGGGUGAGACUGAGGAGGGCACCGAACAGUCAGAUCAGCACAAAGACAAAGCAAAGGACAGCGAGUCAGCAGAUGAGUAUGCAGAUAUUGAUGAUUCACUCUGUCCUAAAGAUGACUUCGAGCAGUUGGAGUGUGUCUCAUCAGAGGAUUAUGUCGAGAUAGGCGAUGAGGAUGAAGAGGAAGAAACGGAAAAGAGACAUAUAAAAGGAAAAAGUGCAAAAGAGAGAACGGCGAAACGAGAGCAGGCCUUCCACAGCCAGAGAAAAAGCUGUCAGCCUCGCCUCAGGCUGUGCAACAUCACAGUGCCAACAGACCUAGACCUGGGCCGCACCCCGGAGCUCACCAACAGAGUGGUGUUCGCUCACACCACUGAGGCCUUUGAAGAAGACAUCGAGGAACUAGACUGCCAUAUUGUGCCUUACUAUGAGGACACAGACUCAGACAGCGAAGAGCAUAUUUACGAAGAGGCAGGGUUUGACUCGGAAGGGGAAAACUUUGUAACUCUGGAUAGGAAGACUAUUGUCACACGGUCACGCUCUUAUUCUGGGAAAGUUCCAGGUUAUGUCCCAGAAACUGUCCCAGAAGAGACAGGGACAGAGUACCAGACUCAUGACUACUGUACAGUGGCCUUGGAUAAGAACAGUGAACCACUCAGCCAUUCACAGCAGCCUGGGGUCAACUGUUUGAUCCCAUCUAUGAAGUCUCGCCGCUUCUUAUUGUACUCCCGGUCUGCAGAGAGUCCAGAAUUGUCCUUGACCACUCCAACAGAGAUCAGCCGAUCUCUGAAGGAUGAGAUCAGGAUGAAGAGGAAAGAUGAUAGCCUUUCCCUCCCAUGUGUCAUAACUUCUUCUGGAAGCUUCUCCCAGCGUAGCCAUCAAUCAUCCAGUGGUGUUUCCACGCCAACCUCUCUAGUGGACAUCCCACCGCCCUUUGAGCUGGCAUACAUCACUAAAAGACCAGUCACCAAGAGUUCCCCAUCCCUUCUGAUCCAGCACGAACCCAGUGACAUUCCUAAGAAGAAGAAGUCCUCAUUUAAACGCUUCCUGGCGCUUAAGUUCAAGAGGAAGACGGAUUGCAAGGGUUUCAGUGAUGGAAGCGUUCGCUCUUCGCGUUCUUCUUCCGAGUCCAGCCACCAUGGCCCAGUAAGAGUCAUAGAGCUUGAUCGUAGGAGCACCGGCAGCUCUCCUCAGCCCCAGUCCCGCAUUGUGAACCCCCAGCAGCGUCCUUCAGACUUGCCAUCCACCUUUGUCCUCUACAAUGACCACCAGAGGAGGAAAGGUGACCUCAAAGCUUACGGCAGGGGCGUCUCCAGAGUGGAGUCCUUUGAGGAGCGUCCUCGCCGCUCUGCCAUGCCGCUGCCUUUGACCAAACCCCGCUCCAUCUCCUUCCCCAGUGCAGACACCUCAGACUAUGAAAACAUCCCAGCCAUGAGCUCAGACUAUGAGAACAUCCAGAUCCCUGGCAGGCCCACCAGAUCCCACACUGUGACUGAGUUUUUCGAGGAUCCAAACCGCACAACAGUUGCCUGCAAUGAGAAUGAUGGCUAUGUGGAUAUGAACAGUUUCCCCGGGAUUGACAGCAAACCCCAGACCUCGAAAGCAGACACUGAAAGUGCCUACACCGAGCCUUUCCCCAUGAACCCCGUCUCUGCUGGGCUGUCAGGGGACGAGGACCACGGCCGCACCUCAGAGGAAGAGGAGGGGGUGGCAGAGCAAAGUUAUGACCAACAGAUUGAUGGCCGAUCCCGAGCGUUCUACGUCGCCAAAGAGCUCGUCGACUCGGAGAGACUACACGUCAGCGCCAUCAAGUACCUUGAAGAGGACUUCAGGUCAGCGGUGGCUGACGCGGUGGGUGAGAAUGGGGAGCCGGUGCUGGAGGACCAAAGGCUGGGAGAGAUACUGGGCGUGCUCCCCCAGGUCUACACCCUCCACAGCAGCAUCCUCAUCGAGCUGGAGGAGCGCAUAAGUCAGUGGGAGGAGAGCCAAAGGGUGGUAGAUGUGAUUCUGUCUCGUCGAGAGGACUUCGGUGUGUUUGACACCUACAUCUCAGAGUAUGAUCGCAGCAUGUCCUUACUGGAGGAGAGCUGCAGGAAUAACCCAACCUUCGCCAGCAUCGUCAAGAAAUUUGAGACACGGGGCCCAGAAGAAGCUGAAGUCCCACUGAAACACCAGCUGCUACAGGUCAUAGUGAGAGUACUUCAAUAUCGAAUGCUACUCACAGAUUACCUGAACAACCUCUCUCCUGACUCCAAAGAAUACGAGGACUCACAAGCUGCCUUGGUGAUCGUGUCCGAGGUGGCAGACCAGGCCAAUGACAAUCUGAAGCAGGGGGAGAACUUGCUGCGUCUGGUCCACAUAGAGUACAGUGUGAAAGGCAAGAGGGACCUCCUGAAGCCUGGAAGGAUGUUUGUCAAAGAGGGCACACUCAUGAAAGUCUCGAGGAAAAGCAGGCAGCCACGCCACCUGUUUCUGAUGAACGAUAUAAUGCUGUACACCUACCCUCAGCAGGAUGGGAAAUACAGGCUUAAGAACACACUAUCUCUGUCUGGAAUGAAGGUGAGCAAACCCGUACUAGACAACGUGUUGAACUGUCUAAGAAUUGAGGUGUCUGACAUCACCAUCACACUCUCUGCUAGUUCGGUUGGAGAGAGGGAGGACUGGUUCCACACACUAAGUCGAGCCAUAGCGGACCAUGCUGCAGGACUCUGUACAUUUGGUGGACCCUGCAGUGAGGCGCGUGAGAAGUUGUGGAUGGCCUUGGGUGAAGCUGCUCCUGUACUGGUGCCAGUUUCUCAUGUGAUGAUGUGCAUGAACUGUACCUCCGACUUCAGCCUCACACUGAGACGACACCACUGCAAUGCCUGUGGCAAGGUGGUGUGCCGUGCUUGUUCCAGGAACAGAUACCCACUGAAGUACCUCAAAGACAGAGUGGCCAAAGUGUGUGACCACUGCUAUGCUGAGCUCAGGAAAAGAGGUGGAAGUGUGCCGGGGGCAUGUGGUAGCUCCAGCCCUCGGACUCAUCGGGCCAGUCGUCCCCUCUCUGCUGUCUUCCAGAGCCUGCAGCCCCCGAGUUUGUGGAAGAGCAGGAAGAGCACAUCCUCUCUCAAUCAGGUGUCGCUUGGCCUGGAGGGCUCCACCAUGAGCGGCAGCCUGCAGCGCCGGAAGAAGAGCAAGAGGAAGUGGAAGCGACUGUGGUUCCUCCUCAAAGACAAGGUGCUCUACACCUUCACAGCCCGUGAGGAUAAAGUGGCUUCAGAGAGUCUACCUCUGCAGGGUUUUACCGUCAAGCUGACUGAAAGACCAGAGGGAGAGGAAAGCAGCAACGUGUUCCACCUCUACCACAAGAAAACCCUCUACUAUACCUUCAGGGCCGACGACCAACACACUGCACGCAGAUGGGUAAACGCCAUGGAGGAGGCUACUGUUUUAUAGCACCUGCUCAGUUACACGAAUGAGCCCUGCUGUCUGUGACUGCUAAAACUCCUCUGUGGAGCACAACAUAGCUACCUGCUGCAUCUGAACUAAGACCACCAGUAAAGAUCCAUCAUGUCUGGCCUGUUGUGGAAUAUUACAUGACAAUAUAAUCACCAGGGGCAUCUUAGACAAGGCUGCCACCCAGUGGAAGGGAGGUAAAAGUGGGGAGAGUCAGAAGGAUGCUCCUAUGUGGAAAGAAGUAGUGGAAACCUCUUGUUGGAGUAUGAUUUAACAUAUGAGAAGUCUUUUGAUCCCAGCGCUAUGAGCCAGCAGAGUUCACAGGAGCAGCUUGGAUACAUCAGUUGCUUCACACAAGAGCCUGAGAAAGAACGUUAUAUUCCCUCAGUUUCACCAUUUUACAAGGGCCAUCUCCAAAAAUCUGCAACUUUUCGAAUUUUGCUGUGUUUGGUGUCUUUUCCCAGAGUUUACACUGGAAUAUUAAGCCACUCUUGAAUUGCAUCACAUCUUUUGUUGUUAUAAAUGAGACAGUUUAAACAUUGCUUUGCAAAUAACAGACAUUACUCUAUAGUAGUUUUCACAGCUCAUGGAAGGGAAAAAUUGGAAAUCUAUGGUAUUCUGAAUAUAUAUUGUGAAGUAUACGCUGCAGAUACUGAAGUGAAUUAUAUGAUUUAUUUGUAUAGAAAUGGUGUUACACAGUGUUCUGAGUAAGAGGUAAUUUUAAUCAUCAUCAUAGUGUGUGUACAUUAUAUUUCUUGUGUCGUUUUAACUGUCUUACUCUUGUAUUUAAUCUAUAAAGCUAUGGAAUGACCCUCAGCAUGACAACCACUCAACAGUACUUCUAUAUGGAUGAAAAUCUUUAAAGAUACUUUGAAUUUGAAUCUGUAAGUUUUUUAAUCCUCUCAGAAAAUUGUCAUAUAAUUCUGAAGUGCCAAUUGAUUUCUGACAGUUGAAUGCAGUGCAAUUUUCAAUUGAUGAUGAAUGUGCCUGAAAUUAAAUUGUACUUCUCGUUCGUCUUUAUGUUAUCACAGUACUGUACUACUGUCAUGUCUGCAGAAGAGACCUUGAUAACAUGCUUUUAUCUAGUCUUAUAUACUUUAACUUUCUAGUAUUUUGAACAGUUCAGUCACUAUCCAGUAACAUAAGAAUAUACUAUUGUACCAUUUUUAUUGAUGCCUUUUUCUGCUGUAUAUACACUGCUGGAUGUAAUUACAAUUUAACCACUUGGACAUAAAGGAAACUGCUGGAAAAGGCCACUGUUAAACUACCUAUAAGCUUUCAUUGUUAGAGUCAUCUGAGCCGCUCAUGUCCUCAGCAGUAGGAAAGGCACUGAAGUUUCACUCCUCUCUCUGUUCUAACAUAAUUACACAUCCAUAUUUUCUCUUAGAUAACCUACCUAAAGGCAUUACCUGCUCCACUCAGAAUGCAGCUGUACUACAUGUCAACUUUCACCCGGUCAAACUGUAUUAUUUCUAAAGCACACAGUUGUUUGUCAAGUACUGUUCAGCUUUUCUACCUGUUUCUUAUGGGCCAUGCCUAUAGUGUUAUUAUGGAUUGUACCUCUUGCAUAUAGUGCAUUGUAAAUGUUUAUGUAUAUAGAUACAUCUAAAAAUAAACUCCUUUAAAAAGUUUA